UCUCUGUCGCUGCAGCCGGUGCUGUUCGGGCCGGGCGCGCCGCAGCCUCCCCUACCGCCUACAAGACACCCAUCAAGACCUUCCGCAUCCAUCCAGAACAUGCAUAAUAUAAGCGCGAGCGACGCGCUGGCGACGACUCUCUCCGCGCUAUACGGCAAGCUGCUGGUGGUGAUGGGAGUUGCCUUUCCCAUGGCUGAAGUCAUUUCUACUUACAUACCGCCAUCUUUCUACGAGGGUUUCUACCUGUACCUGUACAUCGGUAGCAUGGUCUUUCUACUCUACAUGUACGCGGCACUCGUAAGAGACAGGUCGCGGUCUGCUGCAGAAACCAAAGUUGUUGCCAAAUCAGACUCAAGUUCAUCACCGUCGGAAUCGGAGUCAUGUUCGUCGCGAACGGAGCGCAGCACAGCGAUUGCAGCGCCACCACAGCUGGCUGCCAAGAGACUGUCGCUUGGCUUCGCCCUCGCUGCACGCACGCACCAUUAUGGCAGCUUUUACCUCAGGAUGGGUGCAGUUGCUUUCGGCAUUGGGUCAAUGAUCUACUCGGGACUGGAGUUUGGUCAGUACUGGGAGCUGGAGCGUAACACCAACUGCCACAACGUGUUGCUCGCGCUCACACCAGCCACCAGAAUGGCAUUCAUAUUCAUACAAAUGUAUUUCAUCUUUCUGAAUAACGAGAUGAAAGUAUACAAACACAAGAUAGUGGCGCGCUUCGGGCUGAUGCACAUGGUGGGCACCAACCUCAGCGUAUGGCUCAACGUCUUAGUACAGGAGACCAAGCAUGAGAUCCUCACCUUCUACGACCCUGAGAACAAGACGAUAGGAUUAUCACAUCGCCUCGCGUUCCAAAAGGCGUUUGCAUCGUUGGCGACAGAAGUGCCGCCGUCACACCCUGCAGCCGCACACCUCCGUGUGCCGCGAGGAUUGAAAGGACCACAUCACAUCUUCGAAUGUCGCAGAACUAACAUCAUGGGAUCUUUGGUGCAGGACGCAUCGCCAUUCCUUUUUCCUUGCACUAUCGAAUAUUCUCUUAUAUGUGCGGCAAUUUUAUACGUCAUGUGGAAAAACAUUUCUAAAUACCCAUCCAAAGAUGUCGCAGCCGCUAUUGCGAAGGCUAGAUUGCUAGAAGGUCUAGCUUAUAAGAAAUCUCCACAUUUGUACAGCGUCGAUUGUGCGAGGGCUCACAAAGGAUUGUUUUUUGGAAUUCUCGUCUUAGUUCUAACAAUAAUUUCUUUAAUACUCUUCUUUGUUCUGAUAUCGAGAAAGGAAUACGCUACUUUAGCUGUUGUUGAAGUAAAUGUUUGUGAAUUGGCUUUGUACGCAAUGACGACGUUUGCUAGUUUAGCUGGAAUGGUGUGCGUUAGAAAUCUGAAGUACGAUGGGAAUCGUAAUCUAGAAUUGGACAACAUUUUACUGGUCGGUGCACAAACUGGGAUGUUUAUCUAUGGUACAUUUACUAUUAUCGGCGGUCAUUUCACAAUAGAAAAGAACACAAUACUGAUAUUAAUAACGGCUCUAUCAUCCUUGGUACAGACGACAUGCCAGACGAUGUUCAUAUUAGACGCAAGUCGAAGAUCGGCGAAAACACCGGAACAGUUACGAAAGAAACCUGGAAGAGAAAUAGUUACGUUCCUCUUAGUAACUAACUUAGCGAUGUGGGCUAUAAAUACUCUAGAAAAAUCUAGAGCGGAGUCACAUCCAGUCCAGUUGCAUUUCUACGGUCUUUGGGCUUGGACGAUAAUUACACACGUAUCGAUGCCGCUCGCGAUUUUCUAUAGAUUCCAUUCUACAGUUUGCUUGUGCGAGAUCUGGAAACGGGCCUACAAGAUGAAACCUGCUUACAUGUAGCGAAAGGUGGUUAGAUUCUGAGUGUAAAAACUUCUGAGUCUGAAGGAAAGACUAUAGUUUUCGGGUUAAAAUCUUGAAUAACGUAUCGAUGUAGAGGAUUUAUCGAUGGUAGAUAUGAUCACUAAUAGAUUGAUGUAAGAUAAAGUUUCAGAGAUAUUAAUAAAGUGCCAUACGUCAUAGUUUCAAAAAUUUGAAAUUGAAUGUUUGAAAGAUUGAAACCAUUUCAGGAUUGAUAAUCUUAAAUCUUAUAAUCAUAAAACAUAAGCAUAAAGUAAUGAUUUUGAUAAAAUAAUUGAUCUGAAUAACGAAAAUAAUAUCCAUAAAUGUACUGUUAACUUU